AUGUAUCCAUACGAAAAGAAUAAUACUCAUAUUCUAAAUGCUGAUUUAGUAAAUCAACAAUACUUAUAUUCUAGCAACGAGCGAACCCCUACUCCAGGUUUUGAGACACAACAGAUGUACAAUGACUUAAACAAUAUGUCAUAUUCAAAUAAUGGGCUUCAACCUAUGAAUGGUACUAUGUUACAACAAAUGAAUAGUCAAACUUCCUCGGAUGAAGCUUCCCCAGAAAAUUGGUCUGGUUAUCCAUUCCAAGAAAAUAAUUUGAAUCAUCAACAAAUGUAUUCAACUAUGCAACAAACACCUACUGGCCAUCUUUAUGGAAGCUUUUCUGGAAAUGGCCAUUACUACACAGAUGAGAGAUCUAUUAGUUCAGAGCAAGAUCAGAUUGCAGAAUCCCCAUAUCUAGUGGCGGCGGCAGCAGCAGCAGCUAUCUCAAAAACUGAAAACAAUUUACCAUUACAAAAUUCAUUCGAAUCUCCGGUCAAUUUCACUAGUGCCCCAAGUAGAACUGUUUAUUUAGGUAAUAUACCCACAACGUUAACAGUCAAAGAACUAUUAGAUCAUGUUCGUAGUGGUGUAGUUGAAGAUGUUAAGAUUUUACCUGAAAAAAUGUGUGCUUUCAUUUCAUUUGUAGAUGAUAGCUCUGCAUUACUAUUCCAUUCUGAUGCAAUUUUAAAACGUCUAAAUAUCGAGGGUAGAGAUAUCAAGAUUGGUUGGGGUAAACCAACCAAAAUAGAUCCAAUUGUCGCAAAUGGUAUUACUACAGAUGGUGCUACAAGAAAUGUAUAUAUCGGUCAGUUAUACACUGAUGCUGAAGUUGCGGAAAGUUUAAAUAUUCCAAAAGAAUCAGAAAUUGUCACUGAAGAGAGAUUAAUUGCCGAUUUAGAAAUAUAUGGUGAUAUAGAUUCUGUUAAAAUUGUUAAAGAAAAAGGUAUUGCAUUUAUACAUUUUGCAUCUAUUUUAAGCGCCAUUAAAGUUGUUAAUAAUUUAGCUGCUUCAAAUAGGUAUUACCAAAAUAGGAAGAUUUUUUAUGGAAAAGAUAGAUGUGCAUUUAUUACCAAGACUCAACAACAUAACGCUGCACAAUUUUUAGGUGUCCAACCUGGCUUAGCAUAUUCUGGCCAAUUUUCUGAUAGAGAAUUUAUUUCUAAUGCAUUGUUACAACAAUCAGCAGCAGCAGCAGCUAUUGCAACUUCAGCUGGUGGUCCUAAUAAUCUUGGGAACCGUACGGUUUAUUUAGGAAAUUUACCAAAAGGUAUUAAAAUUGAAGAAAUCUGUAAUACGGUUCGUAGUGGAUUAUUACAAAGUGUGAAAUUAUUAUCUGAUCGUCAUGUUUGUUUUGUAACAUUUAUUGAUCCAACAGCGGCAGCGCAAUUCUAUGCAAUGAGUUCAUUACAUGGAUUGAUUUUGCAAAGAAAGCGUUGUAAAGUUGGAUGGGGUAAACAUUCAGGACCAUUGCCUAACCUUAUCGCAUUAGCAGUCAGUAAUGGAGCAUCCAGAAACGUUUACAUUGGUAAUAUAGAUUUUGAAGAAGAUUCCAAGAGAAAUGAAAGAGUAUUUACAGAAGAUAAUUUAAGGAAAUUAUUUCAAGAGUAUGGAGAAGUCGAACAAAUUAACUUUUUACCGUCUAAGAAUUGUUGUUUCAUUAAUUAUACAAAUAUAAGUAAUGCAAUUUCUGCAAUUGAUAAAAUUAAAUCGAAUCCAUAUUUUAAAGAUUUAAAAAUAAAUUUUGGUAAAGACAGAUGUGGUAAUAUCCCUCACCAAUUGCAUUAG